GAAGAAGAUCUGAGACUGCUGGCUCCAAAGUGUGUCCGUCGCGCUGCCCAGGAUUCAAAGGACUCCUUGGAAUGGGGUCCUCACUCCUUUCCUCCCGGUUUGGCUGCGGUGCUGAUACCAUCCAGAAACGCUAAAGCAACAGAUUGUCCUCCUCUUGGCUUAACUCAAUCCUCAAGACGCAGAGAAGAGGAGGAGGAAGAGUGGCGGCUGCGCUGCGCCUCUCCUCCGCCCGGGAACAGCAAGGCAGAGCCUCGCUCCUCAGGAGAGACGAAGGAUAUUGGAGUUGAAGCCCAGAUGAGUAGCUGGCUCUUCAAGCAGCUGAAAAUCCACUUGGAACAGGAAUGGAAGUACCAACCACGAGAAAAGGGGCUGAGCUUGAUUGAGUGUACUGCUGAGAAUGAAAACACCAUAUGCCCCAGACUGCGAAAUGCAAAGGUGGAAGAUCUCUGGAGUCUGACAAACUUCUUUGGAUUUGCCACUGAAACAUUUGUCUUGGCUGUCAACAUUCUAGAUAGAUUUUUGGCACUUAUGAAGGUGAAACCUAAGCAUUUGUCCUGCAUUGGCGUCUGUUGUUUUCAAUUGGCUGCUCAAGUGGUUGAAGAGCAAUGCAACGAUGUCAUCCGAAUUAGCCAGUGCAAAUGCACAGCAUCUGAUCUGAAGCGGAUGGAGAAAAUAAUUUCAGAAAAACUGCACUUUGACUUCAAAGCUACUACUGCCUUAACCUUUUUGCACUUGUACCAUACUAUAGUACUCUGUCAUACCUCAGAAAGGAAAGAAUGGUUGAAUCUCGACAAACUGGAAGCACAAUUUAAAGCUUGUAACUGCCGACUAGUCUUCUCAAAAGCAAAACCAUCGGUCUUGGCCCUGUGCCUUCUGUCUCUGGAAGUGCAGACUCUAAAGUCCAUUGAGUUGUUUGAGAUUGUUCUGUGUGUUCAGAAGUAUUCAAAGAUAAGUGACAGUGACUUACUGUAUUGGAGAGAACUGGUCUCGAAAUGCUUAGCAGAUUACUCUUCUCCUGCCUGCUGCAAACCAGACCAUAAACAUUUAGUAUGGAUUGUUUCAAGAUGCACUGCCCAAAAUCUUAAAAAUAGCUGCUAUAGUGUUCCUGAGUUGCCCACAAUUCCUGAGGCUGGGUGCUCUGAUGGAAGUGAGAAUGAGGAUUCUUGUGAAGAUAUGAGCUGCGGAGAAGAAAGCCUGAGCAGCUCUCCCCCAAGCGACCUGGAAGGCUCCUUCUUCUUUGACCUCAAACCGAAGUCAAAGUGGCCGGCUCUCUCCUUUGACUCCUAGGUCGGGCUCUUAGUGCAUUACAGUACUUAGGCAAUACGUAUCUGAGCACCCUCUGGACCUUGGCACAAGGCCUCAUUGAGUACUCAAAACAUGUACUGCGCUUUCCUCCUUAGUGCGAUAAAUCAGAUUGUAGCAAAGUAGCAUUUAGGGGCCGUCUUCAUCGGCAAGUAUUCACGAGUGCAUGCCGCCUGCCAUCAGGCGAUACGAUAGCUGGCGUGCUUGAUAUGCACUUGAAUGCUCUGCUGAAAUUAGAGACUGAGGCUUAAAUUUGU